AUGCCGUUCGGCCUAUCGGCAUGGGGCAUUGUGGCCCUAGCUGUUGCUGCGGUGAUCAUUGUCGUACAACGCACUAGGAGGCCCCAGGGGCAUGGCAAAUACGUGAGUAAUACUGCCAACUCAAGCGAAAAGGACGCGCUAGCAGCAUGUCCGAUGAGCUCUGUCGAACCCCUAACAACUUUCGAUUGGAAAGCGACCAAGCCACUGUCCUUGCGUCCGUUCAAACCAGUCUAUCACAUUACCAUGGCAGUCCAGAAUUCCAAGCCCGCUGAUCUGAUUGUUAUGGACCACAACUACAAGGACCGAGUCCUAGAGAGACGGCAACUCAUGGCCCAACAACUGAACAUCGUUUUGGGCGCCAUUCCAAGUGGAAAAGCAGCCGUCGAGGAGCUCUACUCGUUCCUCCUGUCAGACUAUCUGCCUCGGAGGUUCCCAACCAUGUUUUCUCUCUCCGAAGAUGGACAGACAUUUUUCAACAGAACCACUGGUGCUGCAUCCCCUACCACUCCACCCGAGGAUUCAACAGAGUCUCUCAGAAUACUCGGAGAGACUGUGGAGGAUGACAUGUUCCUGCUCCAUGAAACCGAUCAGGGUCACCGCAGCGUGGCGUAUGUCUGCUGCUAUUGCUCUGGGUUCGAUCCGUCGCAAAAGCUGGACAAGUUGCUCUUUGAAAUCCACAAGCCUGUCCCCAGCUAUGAAAAGAUCGGGCCAAGCAUGGAGAGGUAUUUUAAGAAAUUAGAAGUCGGUAAGAAUGUAAAGCGUGUGAAUUGGUCUGUUGUGGAUUCGCCUAUCCUAUUCAACUGCAAAAGCAAUCACGUGCUUGAAGAAGACCUUGACCAUAUCAUCAAGGACGAAGACAUUGAUCUCAGCCAGACACACCUCUACACGCUAGAAGAGAUUAAGUCAGAAGGGCUCGGUCCACCACUUGCAGAAGCCAUUGAGGGUCUUGGAAAGGGCAAUGCUCCCGGGAUGUGGCAAUACAAGGGCGCGCUCCCCGUUUUUAUACGGGUGCAUUACCGAACUAUCACCAUGGGUCGUGUAAAAACUGGUAAAGCACACGCACACCCGGUAAACAUCACUGCCGGCCUCUCGGUACGCGCGCGACGCAAAGCCGGAAACGCCAGAGCGGCGUAUCAAAAACGCAUCAGAGAGGUUCUCAAGGGCAUAGGUAACCUGCCUAUAGAUCCUCUGGAGCGUCUGGAUGUCCUGAUACCCCGUGCUGGACUUGCUCGCACCAGCUGGCCCAUGUGGGUCUCGUCACCCGAAAGGGCUCAUGUGCUGUGUCAAGCCUUGCAAAAACAGGGCCCAAACGCCCGCGACGUUACCCCCGUGCUCAUGGACUUGCUGGACCAUGUUGAGCGACACUUUAUUACGCCCUGUCACGGCUGCUCCAACCCACCGCUGGGAGCGCGGUGCUGGGAGCACAUCAUCAAAGUCUCCAGCCUGCCCAGCGACAUGCCAGCUAUUAUCGUCAGAGAUCUUGUGGAAUCACUUGAUGCGGCUCAUGUCCGCUUCAUCAGGAAGCGUCACAGACGCAUCGCGAAAAAAAGGGCCAGGGCUAAUGUCGGCAAUGGAUCAGCUGUUGCUGCUGCAUUGGAUCAGUCCGCGGAACAGAUGAUGCCUAAGUCGCCGUUUGCAAAGAAGCUGGUCAGGGUACAUGCUCUUCUUCAUUCACCUUGGGCUGAGCCUCGGCCACAUAAGCUCAUUGAGGGGAAUGGUGACGGCAACGAGGAGGCGGAUAUGCACCAAGACGAGGAUCAGGGGAUGGAGAUAGAUGAAGACGAGGAAGGUUACGACCUGAGAGGCGACGAUGACGACAAGAAUUCCUCGGAAAAUGGUUCUUUUACGUUUCAAGGCGACUGGGAGGACGAUGAACGCGACCUGGGCGACCAUGAUUUACUUGGCGCUUCUGCGAGACCCAUCGCCGACUUCUCGCCCAAGUCCAAGGCCCGCCAGCCAUUUGGGGAUCUUGCUCAACUGCUUUCUAGUGCACCAUCUGCCGGCGAAAAGAUCGACGUCUCGCAGGUCGACUUUCAGGGCCCAACCUCACGCCUCGCGUUCGGCCCACCCGCCCAGUAG